AUGUGUCGUGCCUGGUGAACGGCAUCUACUGGGCGGUGAACUCGCCCAAGAUCCUGACAUUGCCCGACGCCAAACGUCUGCUCCAGCCAGUUAGCCAGCCGUGGAUUCCCAAAACAGCAGGCUCGCCGCCGCUGCCGCACCGCAUGGUGGCGCUGUGUGACAUCAGCGCCGACCCCGGAGGCUCCAUCGACUUCAUGACCGAGUGCACCACCAUCGACUCGCCGUUCUGCCUGUACGACGCCGACCAGAACAAGGACGCCAACAGUUUCCGCGGCCCUGGCGUGUUGGUGUGCAGCAUAGACAACAUGCCCACUCAGCUGCCGCGGGAGGCCACCGACUUCUUCGGCACCCUGCUGUUCCCUUACGUGUACAACAUCAUGCAGUCGAACGCGGACAGACCGUUCGAGCAGCAGCCCUUCAACCCGGUGGUGAAAAAUGCUGUGAUUGCCAGCAAUGGUCGGCUGACGCCCAACUUCGAGUACAUCGACGAGCUGAGGAGAGGCAGCAGAGGGUCUCGACACAAGGCCUGCAUGGCGCACGCCCAGGCCGAGAAGAAGGUGCUGGUGCUGGGCUCCGGCUACGUGGCCGAGCCGCUGGUGGAGUACCUGUCUCGUGACCCCAAGACGCACAUCCACGUCGCGUCCGCCGUGCAGACCGAACUGGAUACGCUCACUAGCAAGUACAGCAAUGUGGAGGGCGGCAUCCUGGACGUGACGGAGCGGCCCGACCAUCUGGCAACACUGGUCGAGGACGCCGACGUCGUCGUCUCGCUGCUGCCUUACGUGCUGCACCCGUUGGUGGCGCGUGCCUGCAUUCAGCACAAAACCAACAUGGUGACGGCCAGCUACUGCACGCCCGAGAUGCGCGCACUGGACGAGGCAGCGCGUGAUGCCGACAUUACCGUGGUGAACGAGGUCGGCCUGGACCCGGGCAUCGACCACUGCCUCGCCAUGGACUGUUUCGACGAGGUUCACCACGGCGGUGGUAAAAUUCGGUCGUUCGUGUCGUACUGCGGCGGCCUCCCCGCUCCGGAGUGUUCCGACAACGCAUUGAGGUACAAGUUCUCCUGGUCACCAACAGGUGUCCUGCGCAACACCACUCAGGGAGCCAGCUACCUGUUGAAUGGUAAAAUGGUCGAGAUCCCAGCGGGCAGCCUGCUGAAGUCGUCACAGCGCAUGAACUUCUUGCCCGGCUUCGCGCUGGAAGGGUUCGCCAACCGCGACUCCACCAUCUACGGCAAGCUCUACGGCAUCCAGGAGGCUGCGACGCUGCUGCGCGGCACGCUGCGCUACUGCGGCUACUCGGAGGCGGUGCUCGGCCUGCAGGAGCUGGGCCUGCUCAGUGAGGAGAGUCACCCGGCCGUGCACCCGGGCGGGCCCGACAUCACCUGGCACGAGCUCAUCUGCAACCUGCUCGGCCAGUCGGACGAGAUCUUCUACGACAACCUGCGCCUGCAGCUGGCGCAGCGCGCCGGUGGCGAGGAGCGCGUGCGGGCCAUGGAGCAGCUGGGCCUGCUGAGCGACGCGCCCGUGCGCAAGCGCGGCUCGCUGCUGCACUCGCUGAGCGAGCAGCUGGCCGAGCGGCUGCGCUACGGCCCCGGCGAGCGGGACCUGGUCGUGCUGCGCCACGAGAUCGACAUCGCCUGGCCGGACAAGCGCCAGGAGCGGCGUGGCAUCAACCUGGUGUCGUACGGCGAGCCCGGUGGCUUCUCGGCCAUGGCCAAGACGGUCGGCUACCCGUGCGCCAUCGCCACGCAGAUGGUGAUCGACGGCGAGAUCCAGGGCAGGGGCAUGGUGCUGCCGCUCUCGCCGGAGAUCUUCCGGCCUGUGCUGAAGCGGCUCGAGCGCGAGGGCAUCACCGCCACGCAGCAGACCACCACGCUGUAGGCGGCGCUGCGCGCGCGCGGGCGAGAGGAGGCCGGUUUGUGUUCACGCACGGCGCUGCUGUGAGCUCGUCUCCGGUGAGAUGCAGCCGUGCUGAUGAGAUGACUCGUUGCUGCGAGUCUGCACAGUAGCGUCAAUGUCCGGCCUAUGGUCCAUCCCAUAUGGUCCAGUCAUAUGCUGGUGGGCAGGUUACCGGACUUCAUCGGCACUGACUGCCGGCGAAACCAGAACAAGCCCAUUCGGCCCAGGCCUCCACAGGCCCUCGCUAUGACCUACGUGAGGUUAGUCAAUUAUGUCGGAUACCGGCAGAGGUGGCGUGGUUGUCCAUUGUGCCACAGGUCGCCACAGACCGGCCGCAAAGGUACGAGAACCCCAUCUUAUGUCAAUCGCGAAAGAGCGUCACAUUGAUGGCGAGGUAAUUGCCCCGCCCUGAGCUGUCGCCGAACGCAGCGGAAGCGGCGAGCACGCAAGACCGCACGUCGCCCUAGACGACAGCAGUGCCGCCAGAGCUCACGUGUUUGGACUGCAUGGAUGGUUCUCACUCCACUGUAUGAACCCUACGCCCCCGUGCUGUCUUGUAGGCGCGAUAACGGCAGUCCUCAAACCGAGCGCGCGACGGUGCCAAUGACAAGACAGCGACACACUGGGGCAUCAGUAGUGGUUUAUAUAUGAACUUACAGCUCGUUGUGCCUUUCGAACAUCACGCCGGUUCGGUACCGAUGCAAGCGGAUGUUUAAACCCAUAACGUGAGCUUCCAGGUCCAGCUUGCGCCGCAGUUUGGCUCGUGAGAAUGGCCACGCGUGCGGCUCCGGCACAUCCACCUGUUGCGCAGGCAGGGCCAGUGAGCAGGUUAUGGAAAGACGUGGCAGUGGUACAUCGCGUUUAGGAAACUUAAUACAUUAAGUAAUUCUG